AUGGCGGGUGAUGAAAGUGACAGUGAUUUAAAGCCAUCCAGUGUUGCGAUCAUUAGAGAGGUAUAUGAUAGUGAAAAUGCUCACAUUAAAUUCGAAAUGGAACUGGAAAGAGCAUUGGAGGCUGGCGUUAGAGUUAUUGUAAUAGAACCGGAGCCACUUGGUGAAGAAACAGCACGUUGGAUUUACGUAGGAAACCUCUUGCAUAAGGUUUCUGUUUACAGUGGACUCUGUAGCAUUGCAUCAGGUCUUGCGUGGAGUUCCCUGGCUUGUUCACCGUUUGGAAUAGUUUCUGUACUUUGUGCUGGUUGUUAUACACUUUCAUGGCAAUGGGAUCCCUGCUGCAAAUAUCAAGAAGAAAAGGAUCGAAGACAUUUAGCAACACUGCCUAUAUUAAGUGAUCUUACAUCUGCAUCACCUGUUGUUCUAGUACAUACAGAUAAUAAACGAAAGAUAAUACUACAUACUACCGUAUCAAUGACAGCUGCUGCAAUUUGCUUAUGGAGAUUAUAUAAUGUUUUUAAAUGA